AUGUCAUCAAGAUUGGAAUCAGCAAGUCACAAACUCGUCAUCACAAAGGAGAUUUUGGGGUUCUUAAACCUUGGUUGGGUUGCAGGACUUCUACCAUUUCAUCCUGAUUUGCUAGGUUUGGUUCAGCAUUUCCUUCUACUUUUCUUGAUGUGGCCAGACCUUAUUCAGAAAUCCAAAGAUGGAGGAAUUGAUGUCAUUGAGACUUAUGUUUUCUGGAACUUACACGAACCUGUUCGACGCCAGGAUAAGCAGAAUGAGGUCCUUAUGGAAACAUACAGAUCAAUGUUGCAUGAAUUGCAAAAACUUCAGGUGGAAGAAGAGAUGAUUAUGCGCAAGCUUUACGAAGUAAUGUCCGUCCACGGUCUCACUAAACAGAAUGAAGACAACUCCAACGCUUCCAAUAAUAGUGCUGGAGCAGAACAAAUCAAUAAUGAAGUCAAUACAACACAUGAGGAUCAGUAA